AUGUUCAUGUUAUUAAAUGUCGACAAUGCUCAUUACUUAGCUAUAGCCGUAUCACUAAUCUCCCUAUCAGAGACGACAUCAUGUUCAUUCCAAGGAAGCGGAGGAUCGGACCAAACCGACUCGCAGACUUUAGCAUACUAUAACAAAGGUGUCUUUGGUAUUGCAUACUACUGUGACACUGGAUGGCAUCUUCAUGGAGGUCGAUGUUAUCGGAGGUACAGAGAAGCCGUGAAUGGAUACUCCGCCCGCGUGAAAUGUCAGGAUCGUGGAAGCACUCUUGCCAGUGUCAAGGAUCAGGGUGUACAAAGUUUCCUGCAAAAUAAUGCUCAUAGAAACCAUUCAUCUCCAUCUCAGUGUGCAUGUAGCGAAUCAGACUGCGCCAUAGGAUCAAUUGUGGAACAAAGAAAGUGCACGAAGAUGGACAUCCUCUUUCUGAUUGAUGAUUCCAACAGCAUGUUCAGCACAGGAUUCACGUAUGCAAAGACAAUUGCCUCCGAUCUAGUCGGCUGCUUCACCGUAGGCGUUGAUGACAUCAGAGUUGCACUAAUGACGUUUGGUACAACAACUUCAACUCAGUUUGACUUUGGUGAUUACAGUGACAAAAAUGCGAUAAAAUUGGCCAUCACCACAGCGCCAUUUCGAAACGAAAUGAAAACUAACACUGGUAUUGCAUUGAAUAGAGCUCAAAGUAUAAUGAGUUCAAAUCCAUCCGAUAGACUUGAUAUUGUAAUAGUAAUUACUGACGGAGAGUCACAUGAUUCCGUUGUCACAUCUUCAACUGCACUCCAUGCAGCAGGCGUGUAUGUAUUUUCAAUGGGGAUAGGCGAGUAUUCUCAUUCAUCAAAUUUGCAGACGAUAGCCAGAAAUCCAAACGCUGAUUACCACGUGACAUCAAACGAUUACAACGAUCUUCAUACGAAGGUUUCCAAAUUGAUCAACAGUCUGUGUAUAGGGCAUAGCUUCCCGGAUUUCAUGACUUGUGAGAUGGAAAUUAAGGAUAGUUUCGGAGAGAAGGCACAAUCUCCCACGACUGGAUCCUCACACUGCGUCAACCAGCAAGACUUCUAUGGCAAAUACCAGCCUGAAUUUAUCCAUACUCAUGUUAUGAUUGACGGACAACACGCGGGGUUUCGUCCAACUGCAGCUUACACAGAUUUUCAUUUCGGAGUAUUAGCCGCUAGGGUUGAUAUGGUGAAGCAAAAUAAAUCAGGUACAAAUGAAAAUAUUGGAGGCAGCUUGAUAAAAAGUUCUACCGAUUAUCAACAUCUGGUCUCUAAGGAUAUAAACAUGACUAAUACCGUAACAUUUCAUGACAGCGAAAGGUUUUGUCUCGUAUUCAAAGCGGAUGUGGGUGGAUAUAUAACAUUUGAAGGAAGGUCAUACAUAUACAGUACAACAACGACCAACAGGACACUCUGUUAUUUCUAUGAUGAUGUUCCUCCGAGACACUGUUCUGACGAUGGUACAUGUAGGUAUGCUCCACUUCGAUUAUCCGCAGACAUCCUCAACACAACUUCACUAAACGUGAAUUUUGAAGGCUGGGAAGAUUUCGAUUCUACGAGAGGAACUUCAAAGUUUGCUUCUGGAAUAAGUCAUUUUGAAGUUUAUCUUCACCAAAUGGACUACAGUAAUGGAGUUUUGAAAAUGAAACAUUCAUCUGAGAUUCCAAAAACUGUGUGCACCAGCUGUACACAUUUUCGGAUUAAUAUUCCCCAAACGAAUAACCCCCUUUUGUACGGUGUUGUACUAGAGGUUGUAGAUGUAGCCCUCAAUUCAAAACAAAGUCGACGAUUUGUCUUGUAUGAUGCAUCAUCAGAACUCGAAAUCCAUGAAAAAAAUCUAUUGAAAGUAACUUCAGCAUAUGAGAAAACAAAUUUUGUCUGGCAAAUCAAUCAUAAUAGUGUAUGUUACGAUUGGAAGAACAGGUAUUACAACAACAAGUUUGUACACUACAACCCACUUAGUCCGAUACAUCCGGGGAUUCAUAACCAUUUUACUGGUGUGUAUGAACAGACAAGUGGGACGUUCCCCGUCUCUGGAUCAACGAAUGUUGACGGUAUCAUUAGCUUCCGCUACAGUAUUCAGAGGGAUUUGGUCUCUCUGAUAAAAAACCAAGUCAUACCAAAUUUUCAAGAGCAGAAGCUAUGCACAACAGUUUCCGGAAUUAGCGAUGGAAAUACGAUUUUAUUCAAUAUAACUACAAUUGACAUAACGGGACAUCAAUUAGAUGACGGCAUUGUUCUUUAUGUCGACGCAUCGCCCCCUGAAAUCAGUGAUGCUUGGUUAAUACGUGAGGAAACUGAAAAUAUUUUUGUUCACAGUUUGAAAGAUUUAUCAACUAUGAUUUUGAAGUUUAAGGCCUUUGAUGUACACAGUGGUUUGUUAAGUGUCCAUUGGUCAAUAAAAAAUGAAGACGAUCAAAUCAAAUUUGGACACGGGGCCCUCGGCGUGUACUCAAUUUCGAAAUGCAACGAUGACGUCAACUGCUACUGCCCUUCGGUGGGAGACUGUCAGUUUCUUAAUUACACACUUAUAAUGAACUCUCUAGUGGCGAAUGAUUCUCAUAUGGGGAAACACCACAGACGUUACAUUAUAGAAAUUGAAGUUACUAAUCAAGCAGCACUGCACACUACCGAGUCCGUCAUCAUACUUGUGGAUGAGUCGGCUCCAGAAACGGGAGUUGUGAGGGAGGGCAUUCCUGGAACAACCGAUAUUGAUUACACUGCUAGUCCGAACAUUACUGUCAACUGGGAGGGAUUCAUUGAUCACGAAAGUGGAAUAAAGUUUUAUCGAUUGGGACUUUCAAACUCUUGCCUCAGCUUAGAAACUUUACGGCAACCUAUAGGGUUGAAUGUUGUAUAUUACGAUACAGUGGAGUUGAGUAAACAAGUUACAUUAAAAAGUGUGGAGAAAAUAUAUUCGUCAGUAAUUGCUUUCAACAAUGCGAUGGCACCGUCCAGCGUGGCUUGUAGUGAUGGUAUCCUGUUAGACAAAACGCCGCCCCACAUUUCAAAUAUCACAGUACGAAAUUUAAUGGUCUCCCCUUCAGUGGGUUGUACAGAUGAAACGUUUUGGUUUGUUACAGAAAAUUUGACAAAGAUAGAAAUCCAGUGUAAUAGAACGUGUAUGAACAGUCAGACUCAAACACUACUCCGUGCACUACCCGUGACGUCAUAUAAUUCCAACGUUCCAGAUGAUGUCUGCUUGCAAAAUGCAUUUAUGAAUGAAUAUCUUUAUCUCGGGAAUGAUUUUUUAGAUAUCUCUUGGGAUAUUUUUGACGAGGAGAGCAAGAUUGAAGACGUUUUUAUCGGAAUUGGUUCUUCGCUUUCUACAAUCUCAUCCCCUGAUAUCAGUGGAUACACAAAGACCCAUCACAACACUUUUUACCGUCUUAAACAUUCUGGGAUAGCAAGGAAUGCUGUCAUUAAUAUCUUCGUAAAAGCUCUUAAUAAGGCAAAUCUGGAAUCUGUUACUGCUGUAGGACCAAUUAUCAUCGAUGAAACUCCUCCAUCAUGUUUCAAUAAGCCUACUGUUGAAACAACUGAAAGAUCAGUUCGUGUAUCCUGGGAUUCCUAUGAUUUUAUAGACAACGAGCAAACAGAGAUAAGAAAAAUUUACUACCGAAUUGUUUCUGAAGGUUCUGCUUGGGUGACUAAUUUUCAAACGUGGAAGAACAGAAGCCUCUGUUACGAUAACCGCUACUGCAUUACAUUUCCGUUGUCGGAAUUACAGUACUAUGACGGAGGAAGCAACAGAACAUAUCAGUUCGAAUUUCACGUAUACAAUAACGCUGGACAUCAUUGCACCAUUCUCUCGAGAGACUUCAGGCUUUCUUCCCCAUUACUUCCUACCCGCGGCAAUAUUUAUGACAUCGACCCCUCCACAAUUGUAAAUAAUAAGGAACUCGAAGAUACAUAUAUUUCAUUCACAUUAAACACAUACUGUUUACAUUGGAAGGAUGUCAUUCACGAUGAACCUCUCAUUUAUGAAGUAGGCGUGGGGAAAAGUAAGCUUUCCGAUGAUGUAGUGGCGCUACAUGCAAUGAAUAAGACGUCUACCGAUGGAGGCUGGCUAAUCUGUGACCAUACUACAAAGUUUGAAAAAUAUCAGAAGUAUUAUGUUAUGCUAAAAGCUUCAAGUUUAGCUGGAAAUAUAUUAAUGUCAACUGAUGGUUUUAUAAUCAUAGAUAUGAAUGAUUUUGAUAACUUGAUGAACGUAAGUGAUGGACCAGGAUGUUCAUUGUCGGAUCUUUUAUCAAAGCAAAAUGUUAACAUAACUGUUGAAAAGAACACGAGUUUGUCUAUAAGCUUACCACUCCCUCUGACUAUUGGAUCCGUCUAUACGACUUUAAUUAACACAUCGUUUGCCAGUUAUGUGGUUAAGAGCGAUGGUGUAUUAUUUUUAUCGAGACACCCUAAGUCAUUUUCAUUUCUUGCACAAGAUCAUCAUCCAUUGUUUCAAUUUUCUACUGAUGGGACGGAGAAUUUCGAACUUCAUUCUUUAGAGACAUUUCAAUGUGAAGAAGAUGUGGAUGUUCAGGAUGUUUCGGCUGAGAUAGGCGCCAACUGGAAUAUUGAUUCGAGAUUAGAAAAGUUUGUCAGUCAUUAUCAACUAUCAUUUUUAUCAUGUGGUAACACUGUUAACUCUCCUUGUGAUACGACAAUUUUCAAAACUUUCGCAAAAGGAACACCAUACACCUUUAAAGAAAUGUACAAUUCUCUUCAGGAGGGAUUUUACAAAGUAUUGUUGAGUGCAUGUUUCAGAAACAGAUGUAUCACUGGUCCAACGUCCGAUGGAUUUUAUUUGGAAUCAUUUGGACCAGUCCUUGGGAGUUUGUCUGCUGAUCUCAGUUUGAAAAAAGAAAAUUGUCUGGAACUUGAGUUACACUUGCCAAAAAUGCAGUGCUCAUAUCCGUUACAUUACCUGCCUACAUUUUACAGAUGGGCUAUCUUUAGUGACUUUAAUGGGCAUAUGCAGAUAACUGACCACCAUGUGCAUGACGACUCAACAGAACAAGUAGCGAUGUCUUGCAUAACGCUUCCCAACUAUCAUCAUAAGAGAAUGCAUGCGUGUUUAGAGGGUUACUGUAGGUCAGGACGGAUGUCCAAGUCAUGUACACCAAUCACUGUUCACCAAAAUCCUAACAGUUUCACAAAGAGAGUCGUCUAUGAUCUUGAUGCAAAGUCGGAUUUCUUUAAGGAAAUCGAAGUGUACAAAUAUGCAACAAAUAUUGGGCAAACACUAAAUGCACUGCAUUCCAAUGAAAUUGAUUUUAUUUCAAACCUCACUUCGUUGGGUGGAUUUAUGAUUGGGAUAGGGAAUGUGGAAAUUUUGUGGACUGUGAUGAAACAUCCUCAUAUUUCAUUAAGAUGUGACGAAGAUCCCGAAUGUAUAUUUUCUAAAACAGAAAGAGGGGGUUUGAUAACAUUUUCCUUAAAACUGCCUUUGGAAAGGGAUGUCAUUUACUAUCUAUGUGCCAAUAACACAGCGGAUUCCAGCAUGAAUCAAUGUAGCAAUGGAUUUAUUGUUGAUUCAGACUCACCUACUAAAGGAGAAAUUAAGGUCCAUUCCAGUAGGAAUGGAUUCAUAACUGACGAUACUCGCAUUGAUCUCUAUUGGCAGGGAUUCGGUGAUGGUGAUUCUUAUAAGAAAAUGGGAUAUCCAUCUAGCAUCAAAUACUACGAAAUUGCAAUCGGUACUGCGAAAGAAAUGGAAGAUGUGAUGCGAUUUAGAGAUGUACAUCUUUCUUCGUCAAUUUAUCUUACAAAUCUAUCAUUAGUAGGAGGGACAUCAUAUUACUUCUCAGUGAAAGCUUAUGAUCAUGCUGGAAAUUACAUCAUUGGGUCAUCUGAACCGUACCAUUUUGAUCGAACUCCACCUAUAAAGGGAGUGGUUUACGUCGGACACUACCUAAAGCAUUAUUCCUAUGUACAAUCACGCCAAAUCAUUGUCCAUUGCACUGGCUUUCAAGAUUAUGAGAGUGGUGUUGAAAAAUUUGAGAUUGGAAUAGGAAGUUCAAACGAGUCGGAUGACGUAUUUCCAAUGUCGGGAUCUUACGGGACAAGAUCCGAAUUUUUAAAAGCGGAAGCACUCCUCGAAGGCCAUGUGUAUUACGCAAUUGCUCGGGUAUGGAAUCAUGCAGGUCUGUUGACAACCGUGUCCUCACUACCUUUCGUUGUUGAUAGUUCAUCACCUGAAGCUGGCAUUGUUCGAGAUGGGCCUGUGGCAAAUAAUACUGACGAAGAUUUCACGACAGCGUCUACAGUAAGCGUACACUGGACGGAGUUUACAGACAAACAUUCUCCAUUAGAUUUCUACAAAAUUGGGCUGGGUAUGGGACCCGGACGGACGGAUGUAGUCAGUCUUGCUUACAUCGGGAAAAGAACAGAAUGGGAAUGGAAGAUAUCCCUUGUACCAGGAAUGAGAUAUUUCACAACGGUGGAGGGUUGUAACGUCGCUGGAUUGUGUAGUCAGUCCUCUUCCAAUGGAAUUGUUAUAGAUCACACUAAUCCUGUCCCAGGUUACGUCUUAGUAGGACCUGAAAACUGCAAAUAUGUAUCACAAAGGUCUUCACUAUCCGUCGAAUGGGGGAAUUUUGCGGACAUUCAAUCCGAAAUUAUGCAGUAUGAGAUUUGUAUCGGAACAACUAAAAUGACUUGUGAUGUAACUGGAUGGAGAAACUAUAGAAUGGAAAUGUCAGCUUUGCUACUGAACUUAUCCCUGCCCAAUAACGUAGACUUAUAUGCAAUAGUUAAGGCCACUAAUAAAGCUGGGCUCUCUACCCUACAGUCCUCCCACAGCUUUAAAGUAGACGAUACUCCACCAAUAGUAGGACUGUCUCCCAGAUUUAUCAAUACUGAGGAUUCUUCAGCAAUAUAUGAUUCCUCUGUGUUGCGCUUGAGAUGGAGUUUUAUUGAUAAUGAGAGUCCAAUAAAAUCGUCUUUGCUUUCUAUAAAGCCCCACUCUGGAGGUCGAACUGAAAUAGAUAAUAUCUUAGUGGAAGGAAAUGAAACAUUCAUAAAAUCUCUCUCUUUCAAAGACUGGUUAAGAGAUGGUGACUCUUACUACGCCGUGAUCACAUCGUGUAAUAUGGCAGGAUUAUGCACGUUAAGCAAGAGCGAUACAGUUUUGUUUGAUGGAACUCCACCUUCUCAUGGUCAUGUGCUAGGUAAUGGAACUUGGUCCAAUGACAACUCUACCAUUGUCAUCAAGUGGAAGGGUUAUAGCGAUCCCGAGUCGGGUAUAAAAUCAUAUUUUGUUACUGUUGGAAACACUCAUAGUGAUUCCGAAAUAAGUAAAGGUACAUUUAAAUUAUCACAUGUUGGAGAUGAAGAUUCUCUACAAGAAGGUGUCUUCAGCCUGUCACGCCCUCUUGUAAACGGAGAUAAACUCACCAUAUCGAUAUGGUCAAUGAACAAUGCCAAUUUAAAUGGCACAGUUAGGCGACUUACUUUCAUUGUCACUUCCAAAAAUAAGAAUGUGACGGAUGGUGAUCUUUUAUUGGAAAGACAUUCAUGUGGUGUAUCGUAUUGUACCAAUGAAUGUACAUGCGCAGUACUUGGGGGAAAGUGUUUGGAUGCUGUAAACAGUGAACAAUGUAACCGUCAAAAUAUGACAAAUUUAGGCGAUGACUCUAAAAUAAGUCUUAGUAUUUCGGGCGGUAAUUCAAUACGAUGGACGCCAUCAACACGUUGUCUGGGUGUCAAUUGGUCCUCUGAAAAUUUGAAUGUAUCGAGAUAUGAAUGGAGCAUGGGUUUGAAAAACAUGCCGUAUGGCUUUGGAAUAUUUCAUACUAAGACGGAGCAAGUUUGGAACGAUGUUAGCUUACAGACACGUGCUACACACUGCUUGAAACCAGGAAAACAGCUCUCACACGAACUGGAAUAUGUCGCUUACCUGAAAACAUGGAUUUCAGGUUCAGAUUACAUUUUGACUGAAUCAGAACCAAUCGGCAUUGAUACAUCGCCACCCAAAAUCCGCAGAGGAAAGUUUAUUACGGAUUCAGACAGUGACUGUUCACGUGAUCAAGAGUUUGUGAAUACCAAAAACAUACUCACUUGCUGGAAUGGUGUAUUUUCUGAUUCACAAAGUGGAAUUAAAGAAUACAAAUUCAUGGUUGGUGUGACACCUGGGGGUCAUGAACUUGCUGGUGUACAGAAUGUUGGAUUAGCCCAUGCGUUUUAUUGGAAUUUUACCAAUCUCGAGCCCGGUGUGAAAUACUACUCCUCCGUUGAAGCUGUGAAUUUUGUUGGAUUAUCCACCAUACUAACGUCAGAUGGUAUUUCUAUUGACUCAUCUCCCCCUGAUUCCGGAAUUGUUUUUACUACCAACUUCUUUCACAACACAAGGUGGCUUUCAGAAACGUCAACAAUUGGUGCUUCCUGGGAAGGUUUUACAGAUUUCGAAUCCUCCAUAGAUCGAUAUAUUGUUUCACUUAUCUAUUCUAAUGAAACUUUUAUCAGACAAGAAGAAGUGGGAAUCGCAAACAAACACACAUUUGAUGACGUUUCUCUCGUUCAUGGUGAAAGUUACGUGAUGCUUGUGAGGGCGAUGGAUGCCGCUGGUCACAUUAGUAACAGUUCCAAGUCUUCAUACGUGACUGUAGAUGUCACGAAGCCUCAUGGAUUAAAGUGCACGAAAUAUGCAAUACAAUUGAAUACAACAGUGAAGAUGUCCACACAAUUAAAAGAAAACAUCAUAAGUGUCUUUUCUUUCAAACCCUAUACUUUAUAUAAGAUUUCUCUGAUAGGCAAUAUAGAUACACACCUCCAUACUGUAGAAGUUAAUAUUAGUGGAGAUUCGUAUAGUAUGCCAUUGAAUGAACAUGUUUCCGAACUUUUUUUCAUGUCAAAGACAGGUAGCACUGGUGAUAUAAGAAUCACUAUAUAUUCUCCAAGAACUCAUGACGUGACAUUACAAUUUCUUCUUGAUGAAUGCACAAGUAAAGUGCAGAGUGAUGCAGAAGCUCUCGUUGUUCGCCAGAUUUCUCCAAGUUUUCUGACAAUUUCUUUGAAUGUAUUUGACAUUGAAAGUGAAAUCAAAGACAUAAGUAUAUAUUUAGGAACAAGCAUUCAAGGAAGACAAAUGAAGUCCAUGAACACCAUCUUGCCGUUCACCUUUCAUACCGUCUCGCUAACAAUUUCUCAUGGUACGAAAGUGUAUCCCUCUGCCAUGGUGUUUAACAAGGCAGGUUUAAAACAACAUUUCUAUUCCAAUCCAAUAGUAUGGGAUCACACACCGCCAAAUAUAUUUAUAAAAAACGUUUCUGUUGAGUACAUUGAUGUAGCCGGAAGGAUACAAUCGAUAAUAAUUCUUUAUUGGGAUAUUGAAGAAAAGGAGAGCAAGGUCGAAUACUGUCAGUGUGCAUGUGGCGAGGAUCGAAGUUUACGAAACAUCCAAGACUGGAAGAAAUCUAGUGAUACUUUGUCCUUUCGAUCUCCACCAUUAAACAUUCCCCAUGGGUCACGUGUUUUUCCAUCUGUCCAGUGUUUUAACAAUGUCGGGCUUCGUUCCGAGGUGAACUGGAAGAUGCCAAUAAUGAUUUCUAUUGAGGCACCCCGACCCUCUUCUAGGAACAUCGACUUUGCGGUUUACAGCACCACAGUCCAAAAUUCAAUGAAUGUUCAGCGGAUUGCGACAUCUCUCCAGUUUCAUUGGCCAGCUUUCGAAGACUAUUCCGGAAUAACAAAGUACAGUGUGUGUAUCAAAUCGGAUAACUUCAUAAUUUACAAUUGGAGAGACAUUGGGAGACACACUUACUUUUCCGUCGACAAAUUGUCACUUCCGGUAAACAGGAACUACACUGUUUACGUCUUUGGAACCAACGUAGGAAAGAGAGAUAGUCCCUCUAUAAAUGGAUCCAUAUCUAUUAUUGAUUUUGUUCCCAUACAGACUGGGAAUUCUUGUGUUGUUACUCCUGAAAAUACUACGAGUCUUCUUAUCUCAUGGGACGAAGUAUUUGAAUUAAAUCCAACAAUGCAACCAUAUUUCGUCAUCAACAUUGGUUCAAAUACCGGAUAUGCCGAUCUUCUGAAUAAUAUCCAAACUACCAACACGGAAUAUGUAUUGAAUUCGGAAACAAGAUCGCUAUAUGUGGUGAUAACAGCAAAGUAUGUCACCGGUUCUGAAACUACAUAUAGAGAACUGUUAACAGUCAAUGGUUGAAAUAGGGAAGUAGAAAAGAAAAUCAAUCCAUACAAAUGCCAUUGUGGAUCUAUGAUUAGUGCUACAUGGACAUAUGCUUUGUAUACAUAACGUUUGAUUUAUUUCUGCACAAUGAAUUCAAAAUAAAUAAUGUGUGGACCUUGA